UCAUCCAGUUAACUUUACUUCUUUAAGUGAGGUGCAGUGUGUCUUGUUGGUGCCACGAUGUUCCGCUUCAAAAACAAAACCGCUAGUGAUUAAUAAAUAAAAACAUGCUGUGGUUGAAUUAAAAUUUUAACUGUUUUACAUAUGUUUUAAAGAAUAAUUGCUAGUUCUUUACUAACAUAAGAAGUAUGGAUUUUCUUUGGAGAUACCGUAGAUUUUCUAUACCAAAAAGAACGAGUGAACUGGUUGCCUUUAUUGCUAUAUCAGCAACAUUGUUUCUUUUUAUACACACAAGAGACUUACAUUCUAAACUAAAAGAAAUGGAAGUGAAACUUCAACCUGAGGAUCUUGAUGGUGACCAACUAGAAAGUAGUGCUGAAGGAAUACGAGCUGCUGCGAUCAAGAUUUUGCAGACGACCAGAGAGGUCAUCAGAUGGCAACCAAAUCAAGUCAAUAACACACUGAAAGCACAACAGAACAUUGUUUUCUUUAAUAGAGUUCCAAAAGUUGGUUCGCAAACAUUAAUGGAAUUAAUAAGAAGAUUAAGCAUAAGAAAUAAUUUUGGAUUUCAUCAAGAUAGGGUUCAAAGGGUGGAAACAAUUAGGCUCUCCCCUGAAGAUCAAGCAGUGCUGUCAUCUUUGGUAUCUAGUUAUGAACCUCCAGGAGUUUAUAUCAAGCAUGUUUGCUUUACUAAUAUAUCAAGGUUUGGAUUUCCUGAACCAAUUUAUAUAAAUCUUGUACGCGAUCCAGUGGAACGUGUGAUUUCUUGGUACUAUUAUGUCAGAGCUCCAUGGUACUAUGUCGAAAGAAAAAUUGCUUUUCCUGACAUUCCUCUUCCAGAUCCUAAAUGGCUAAAAAAGGAUUUUGAACAUUGCGUAUUAAGUGGUGAUCGGGAAUGCAAAUAUCUGACAGGAGAAACUCGUGAAGGAAUAGGAGACCACAGACGUCAGUCUAUGUUUUUCUGUGGCCACCAUUCUGAAUGUCUGCCAUUUAAUACUCCAGGUGCCUUAGAGCGAGCAAAAAGAGUUGUGGAACAACACUAUGCAGUGGUUGGAGUUCUAGAAGAUUUGAAUACAACUUUAACAGUACUAGAAAAAUACAUUCCAAGAUUUUUCACAGGAGCGUAUGACAUUUAUUGGAAUGAAAUUAGUAGAUUCAACCCCAUCAACAGGAACGCUUUUAAACCCCCCGUUAGUGAAACUGUUAAAGAAAUCGUAAGACAAAAUUUUACAAAAGAACUAGAAUUUUACCAAUUCUGUAAACAAAGACUGCACAAACAAUAUUCAGCCUUACAACUGGAUAAUAAAACAUAGAAAAUUAUAUAGCACACUCACGCAUUUUAUUUAUAUUUGUCUAUAACUAACGGGUGUUUAUUUAAAUUUGGCGUUUUACUUGGCGGUGAUACACUGGCGGACACGGAAUUUUGGACGAUUUAUCAUUCGACUGACAUAAAAAUGUAAA